CUGCCUGCCGGGGGCUGCGCCACCAUGGCCCUGCGAGGGGUCGUGGGCGUUUUCUUCCUCGCUGCUCUCCCCCUCUUGUGUCUGGAGCUCCGGCGUGGGAUCCCAGAGAUAGGAAUUAAAGAUUUCAUUUUGCUGUGUGGCCGAAUUUUCUUACUACUUGCUCUUCUUACUUUAAUUAUUUCUGUGAUGACUUCAUGGCUUAACUCAUUUAAACCUUCCGAAGUUUAUCUGAAAGACAAUGCCCACAAAUACAUAGAGAAUGUUUUAAAACCUCACCAGGAAAUGAAACUGAAAAAACUGGAGGAGCGUUUUUAUCAAAUGAUGGGUGAAACCUGGAAGUUAAGCAAUGGUUACAAACUUGGGGUCAGAAAAUAUUCUUAUUUUGAUUUUUUUUACAGUUGAAAAUGAUGCUAAGCUAUUAAUAGUCUGUUUUUA